AUGGCAACAGUAGAACCAGCGGCAACACCGCCACAAACGCCUCUGCAGGCAUCUAAUCAUAAUGCUGUGCUUUCACAGUCUCGAUCUUCACCAAAUAAGCCUCUAAUAUCAAGUCCUCGUUGGCUGGCACAGCGUGCAGCUAAUCCGCCGGUUCAAACACGUCCUGCAUAUUUAGACCAUGAGGACUUUUCUAAUGCAAUAUACGUUGGAAAUCUUGAAAUGACAAUUAGUAAUGAUGCAUUGAUGAAAAUUUUUGGUCGUUUUGGUACGAUUGAGAGCGUCUAUCGACCACCAAUUCAUACAGACAAGGCUGAUCGGACCACACAUUUUGCGUUUAUCAAGUAUACAGAUGCAGAAUCAGCACAACGGGCAAUGCAGCAGGCAGAUAAUAUAUUAUUAGGACGGAGACGGCUAGUGGUACGGCCACGGAUUCGUUCAUAUGUGAACCGGUCGUUUAACAGGACGCCACCACCAUCCUCUCCACAGAAAAGUAGUCAGUAUCCAAUGUUUUCUUAUUCUCAUAUGCCAACACAAUAUUAUUUUCCAUAUAAUACACAUAUUAAUCAAAAUUACAUGAGCAAGAUAUUGUCUGUUUUUAAUCUUCCGUAUGAAAUGACGCCAAAGGAUUUGUUUUGCUUGUUUAGUGAGUUGGGACGUGUAGAAGGGGCUUUUAUAUAUAAUGUUGUUGAUAACCGUGGGAGAAGAGUGGGGGAGGUGGCUAUGGGGAGUUUUUACCAUGCAAAGAAGGCUCUUGAAAGCUUGAAUAAUACUACACUUAAUGGAUAUAUACUUGAACUUGCGUUCAAGCCACCUACGUUACCAGCGCCUCAGCUUAUUACGCCUAUUAAUUCGGGGCAUUCGAUGAUGUAUGCACCUCCUAAUUCGAUUUAUCCGACAUGGCAAUAUCCACCGCCGGCGUAUUCGAUUCCCAAUCCUACACCGGUGCCUUGGUCUUAUGCAUCAACACCGAUAGAUGAAGCAAUGGCGGGUCUUUCUUUCUACGAAGACGCCAAUAUGAUGAAUUCAAGGCGCAAUAGUCUUACUAGUAGUGUUGCUAGCAGCGGAUAUCCACAUAUGUAUGAACAACAGAAAACGAGUAUUGAUCAUACGGUCCCCUUGGGCAUUGGAACGCCUCAGGAUGGACUUGUUUUUUACGAUCCUAUGACGGGAUUACCUAUACCUAUGCAGCCGCCACGACCAGUGGUUGCCGAAAUACAGGAUACGAAUAUGCCAACAACGACAGCGAUUACAGUGAAUCAUCCACCUAUGCCUUUGCCGGUUAAAAAAACAGAAACAACAACGGCUGUAACUGCAACUGCUGCAACAGCUGUAACUGCAACGGCAACAACGACUGCAGCGGCAACUGUAACUGCUGCUGCUGCUACUGCGACAAGUGUUAAACCUACGACUCCCGUUGUAUCUACAACUAUGUCUCAAAAUCCAAAGACUGAACCCGCUCAGUCGACAACAAUGCCUAAUGUGUCAACUAUUAGCUCUCCGGGUUCGUCAACCGCAUCCGUAACUUUUAGCACUUCUUCAAUACCAACAUCUAUUGUUCCAGAGUCCUUACCAGCAGAUCCGAAAAAUUUGUAUAUCAAAAAUCUUGAUGAUGAUAUAAUAUCUCAUCCAUCUGAUAUCGAAACUCUUUUUAAACCAUAUGGAACAAUCGUAUCAUCACACCUUGCAGUAGUUCCCGGGACUGGAAUAUCUAAGGGUUAUGGCUUUGUAGCUUUUAGCAAAGCGGAAGAAGCUAUAAAGGCUAAAAAGAGUUUAGACGGAAGCAUGGUAGGAAGGAAACGUGUAUUUGUUAGUUGGGCAGAACGUCGUGCUGAUCGUGAAAAACGUUUGAAAGAGAUAUUUAAAGCCGAGAAUAAAGCGAAUAUUGUAUAUACUGAGCUAGAUAAGGAUGCUUCUAAAGCAGAAGAUUUUUCGAUUUCAAAAGACGAGAAUAAAACAGCUAUUGCCAUGAAUAUGGAAACAAAAAAUACUUUAAAGGUGACAGAAAAUGUUUCCGUAACAAACUUGACGCCUACACUUGCACCUAAUCCUAUGACUGUUUUAUCAAAAUGGCGUGGAACUCCACUAUCAGGUAUAGUAGAGGUAGAAGAACCGAAUGUUCAGACAAUGAUUACCACACCUGUUGAACAAAUAGUUCCUGAUCCUGAAUUUAAAGUAUAUUCAGAGAAUGUAAAGUCAUCACAACCUGUGGUUGCUGAAAUGGAAAAUUUAAAAAUCGAACCUGAUAAAGAUACCGAAGGACAAGUAUGUUUAAGAGUUCGAGAUGAAAAUACCAGUCCGAAAAAGGUAACUGGCGCUAACACUAAGAAGAAAGGAGGAUGGUACAGGAAACGUUGGAGCAGCGGCUGGGGGGGAAAUUAUGGAGGUAAAAAAGAUGAAGGAGAUAGUCCCAUUAAAGAUGGGCAAAGUAUUGAAAGUUCUAUCAAAGAUGUUUUGUUGGAAAGAAUUGCUGACAAGGAAAAUUGUGAGUCAAAGUCUAUUUAG